UGUAAGUUGGGCACUUCCUUCACAUCAGUGCUCCAGUCCUUGAUGGUUAUGUUUCAUCUUUCAGCUUCACUCCACCGGUGUGACAUGUGGAUUUUGCUCAGCCUUCUUCUGCUUGCCUUUGGUUCCUGUCAAUCUGAAUGCCCCAUAAACUGUAGUUGUAAUGAUGAGGGCAUGGUUCGCUGUCUGGAUGGCAGCCUUGUCAGCGUGCCAGCUGCUCUGCCGCCCAAUACUACCGUUCUUUUGAUUACAAACUCUCAGGUUCAGGAAUUGGCCGCUCACAGCUUCAACGGCUUGACCACUCUUUGCCGUCUGCAGCUAAGUGGUAAUAAGAUAAAAAGUAUCGCCCCCGAGGCUUUCACUCCUCUGCCUGAUCUCCUUUCUCUUAAACUGUCCGCAAACCAGCUGACUUGGCUUCCACGAGGAGUUUUUGACAGUCUGGCCCAGCUGAAGCAGCUCUUCCUCAAUAAAAAUGACCUCUACUGCUUACCACCUGGUAUCUUUUGGUCCAUGGUCCACCUGAUUGAGAUUGACCUGAGCUCCAACCAUUUCUCUGCCUUUGAUGAGGGCAUAUUUGCAAAUCUGAGCAGGCUCAGGGUCCUUAACUUAGGCAGAAAUCAGUUGAAGAGUCUCCCUGUCAACAUUUUCAGGCCAUUGUCCCAGCUUCAUGAACUGCUGCUCUUUAGUAACCAGCUGGAGGACAUUCAGGCCAACACAUUCAAAACUCUAAGGAACCUGGUGGAGCUGAAACUGCACAGCAACCUGAUUCGAAGACUUCCUCCUGAGCUCUUCCAUUGCAUGCCUCAUCUAGUGAACCUAACACUGUCAAAAAAUCGGCUGGAGGAGCUGCCCCCACAGACCUUCUUUCACUUGGCUAACCUGACACAACUGACCAUUUUUGAAAAUCCUCUGCGUGAGUUGCCACCCUUGCUCUUUGGCAGUAUGCCUCAUAUGAAGGAAUUCUUUCUGUCGAGCACAGACCUUCCCACCAUACCUACCCAUGUGUUUAACAACAUGUCUGGUCUGGAGCAACUCUACAUCACCCUCAACAAAAGACUCACAGUUUUGCCAAAGGAGUCCUUCAGGGGGUUGAGCCAGCUGAAGCACCUGAAGCUGCACACCAACUCCCUUGAGACUCUCGAGGAGCAGCUGCUUGCCCCGUUGGUCAACCUGCAGACCCUUAUUUUGCAUGACAAUCAGCUGCGUUCCCUACCCAGUAAUAUUUUACAGGGUUUGUCUAAGCUCACAACCAUUGACCUGAGCAACAACAUGCUGCCCACUCUUCCUAAGGAGCUCCUGGACUCUGCCACUGCGUUGCAGGAUGUUCAGCUGGUGGGCAACCCCUGGGUUUGUAAUUGUAGCAUACUGGGAUUCACCUUCUGGCUUCAAACUCAUCAGGACAAAGUCCGCAAAAUUAGUGCUCUCUCCUGCUCAUCGUCAGGACCACUCCAUGGAGAAGUUCUGCUUAAAGUACCAAUGCGGCUUGUCUGCAGAGUUGUGUACAGUGGCCCCAAGCCCCCAGCAAAGGCCCCUACUUCCACAGUAGGGCUGAGUGUUCCCAGCAGUAGCACACUCUUCUAUACGCCUACACACAAGUUGGGAGCCACCACUCCCUUGUACUCAUCUGCUUCUUUGAUGUCAACUCUUCGCAGUGGUAAUGGGAAGACUCUUCAAACAAUAUUAUCUACUAGGAGCCAUAGCCAAUUCCACAGUCGAGCACCAGCUGGUCUGCCAUCAUGGAGAGGGGCCGUGGAUGUUUCUCAACGGGGCCUGCUGCUGUGGGUUUUUCCAGUGAAAGUUCCCUAUGGCCACCUCUACUUGUUUGUCUAUGUGUUUCUUGCUGUCUUUCAGUUUGUCCUUCUGGUAGGUGCCAUCUACAUAUUGUGCAAAAUCCUGCAGCUCCGACAUCAACUGAGGUGGCACCUGAGGCCAGUCAUUCUCAUAAGUGUCAGGUGCAAAAACAGAGAGUGAAGUACAAGCCUGCUGCCCCUGGCCGUCCACUCCUUGUGUGGAAUUACCACCUUGAGCAGAUCAGCAAUGAGUGGGUGGAAUGUAAGGAUACAACUCUGGAGAGGUUUGAUAUAUAACUUGGCUAGAGGUGGUACAUCAGCAGUGCGACCUGGAGUUUAUUUGGGGCACCUAUUAUAAUAAAAGUGUGUUUGACUGUGAUAGAAAUGGGUGGGAAGAGGGGGCAAUUCAUUAUGAAGUAAAAUUAGUAAAAGUGCCUUUCUCUUCGUUCCUACUGCUGCUGUUUGGUGGUCUUUAGUCUAAUUUUAUCCUCUGGCCUGUUAAAUCUGUGUUCUGAGCUUUAUUUUGUUCUGGAUACAGUGCCACCUACUGGUGAUUGGCUACUUAACAACAACAUUUGUUUCUAUAAUAUUUUCAUACACAGGCUAUA